AUGGGGCCGCGGGACUGGCUGAGGACCGUGUGCUGCUGCUACCCCUGCCGGUGCCUGGAGGAGCCAGCCACACCCGAGAAAGAGCCCCUGGUCAGUGAUAGCAAUCCCUAUUCUUCGUUUGGAGCAACUCUGGCAAGAGAUGAUGAAAAGAAUUUGUGGAGCAUGCCCCACGAUGUGUCCCACACAGAGGCAGAUGACGACAGAAUCCUGUACAAUUUGAUAGUCAUUUUAAAUCAGCAGGCCAAAGAUUCAGAGGAGUGGCAAAAACUCAUCUACGAUAUCUACACCCUGCGGCAGAUUCAGAGGGGAGUGAGAAAUAGAUGGAAACGCAUUUUAGAGGAUUUAGUUUUCAAAAGGAAGCCGACUCUGUUGUCAGUGACGAAACUCAGCACCAUCAGUGAUUCUAAAAACACAAGGAAAGCGCGGGAGAUAUUGUUAAAACGGGCUGAAGAAACCAGUAUUUUUCCAACAAGCUGGGAGCUCUCGGAGAGAUACCUCUUUGUCGUGGAUUGUCUCAUUGCUCUUGAUGCAGCAGAAGAGUUCUUUAAAAUUGCCAGUCGAACUUACCCCAAGAAGCCUGGAGUCUCAAGCCUGGCAGAUGGCCAGAAAGAACUGCACUACCUUCCAUUUCCAAGUCCUUAA